AUUAUAACGUGCCUUUUAUGGAAUACUGAAGAAACCGUAGUUCUGUGCAAGCUUCGAAGUAUCGACCUAGAAUACGAGCAAGGUCGUAAGCACAAGCUUUGAGGGGAUCGUCGUUAACAGUGAAAGUCAGUGCUCUCGAUCGAUAAGAAGUGUCUCGUGGGAUUCUCUGCAAUAUUGUUCAAAAACGCUAAAUAGGGACCCAGCUCUUAAACGAUGAUUGCAGUUAUACUGUACAUUUAUGUGCUGUUCAUAGGAGACACCCUUGGGCAAAAUAAUGAUCCAUCCAAAGGGAUUAGCCCAUCGGCCCAGCCCCAAGGCUUCUAUUCUCAAAAUAAUGACAAUAAUGGACUGAGCAACCAAGUGAGCAACUCGAAUGGAUUUACUGAAUGGAAUAAUCUACAGGCUUAUAACCAACGAAACUAUAUACCCAAUAGUAAUCAGUGGCAACCCAUGACGAAUUUCAACUAUUACAAUCCAUUUAAUCCUCGACAAUGGAACGGCGAUCCAUAUUCAUCCCGAGCACUUCCCGGCUCGAACAAUAGCCCUUAUCUACCGAUUCCACAAGGGUACUAUAGCAAAGAUCGGAGCGAUGAUAACGGAUACGGUUAUGAUAAUCCACGGGCAAACUAUGGUUCCGCUAAUGCUGAUGCGCUGAACUACUUGUACUAUAUGUACAAUAGAUUCGGAUACGAUCCACGAUGGGCAACCGCAUUCGGAAAUACUGGUAACAGAAGGCAAGAUAUGUUCGGAAUGCCCUGGCCCUAUCGUGGAAAUGUAAAGCCCAAAACGACAAAGAAGCCAGCUACAACAACAACGACCACUUUGCAACCAUAUAGGAAAAGCAAAUUCAUCGUCCCCAACAUGUGGGGAUAAAAGUAUAUUUAAAGUUUUGAAUAAACGAUGCACGGUUUGAUUGAAAAAAAAGCGAUGGAAUUUAAUAAAGAUGUAUUAUUCUAAGGGGUCGUACACUUAUUACGUAAGCAAUUUUUCUGGGUUUUUCGACUCCCCCUCACCCCUUGUAAGAUUUUUUUCAUACAAAUGAUUUUUUAUUUAUAUGGAGCGUAAGAUAUUGACCGACUCCCCCUCCCCCCCUAGGUGCUUACGUAAUAUAUGUACGGCCCCUAACCUACAAAUUCAUCACUAUCCCACAACUUCUUUCCCUAACUUGUUAGUGUCAUUCAUAUUUUUUUUGGUCAGAAGAAGACGUCAUCAGUUGUUCAAGCACUUUGCGCUGAUUUCCAAUCAAUAAGGUCAAAACGUUCAAUGCUAGAAAUGGCGUUGAUUCAGUGAUAGUAAAAUCGAAAUUUUAGCUCUAUUAAACUACUAAUCAGUGCAAGCUAAGUACAGGAGAUAAUCAUUUCACCUCAUACUUCACUCCUUCCCGAGCAGGAGCGAGUACCUCAAUACCAUACUUUGUUAUGAACUAGCCUUGCAUAAGAGGCACUUACUUGAUGGGUUACAGCUCUUCGAUGAAGCUACGCCGAAUGGAGUAUCCUUCUCCACUCAACAAUUGAUCCUGGGCCAAUCGCUUCCAGUCGCCCUGAACAUUGAGCGGCCUCAGGUCCUCUUCGACUGCAAAAAGCCAUCGUGUACGCGGCCUUCCACGAAGCCUGCGGCCUGUUCUGGGCUCUCUACUAAAUAUUAUCUUCGCUUGAUGUUCUUCCGGCACACGAGCAACGUUUCCAGCCCACCGUAGUCUGCCGUGUUGUAUAAGCCUAAUAAUAUCCAACCAUUUAUACACCUGGUACAACUCGUAAUUCAUGCGACGCCGCCAGAUACCGUUCUCCUGUUUACCGCCGAGUAUUGUCCGCAGCACCUUACGCUCAAACACUUCGAAAGCUCUCCGAUCAGCCUCCUUUAACGUCCAUGUUUCAUGACAGUAUAAAGCCAACGGAAGAAGUAUACAGCGCGAAUUUUGUCUUCGUUUGCAGACUACGGGACCUCCUUUUCACCUCGCGGAUAACAUCAUUAUCGCACGUCACUAAUGUUCCAAGAUACACAAAUUCUUCUACCACAUCAGAUUUUUCACCACCCAGCACUAUUUCGCUACCACCACCACUAUAAUUGAACCCACGUUGUUUGCCAGCGACCAUG